AUGGAUUCUUCGGAAGAUUUGAUAACUAUAGCGAUAGAAAAAAAUAAAAAAAUUAAUGAAGAAACUAUAAAGAAGUUUUUAAAACCUAUGACGGUAAUUUGUUGGAUAUUAUCCGCGGGUAUAUGUCACCCAGAUUGUUCGCGAGUGGCCACAAUUAUUAUUCGUGUAAUAAAUUUAGCAAUUUGCACGACAAUAGUUGUGUACGGCGCGAUAGAUUUCUUCUUCUUUGAAGGUGUUUUCAAAAGCGACACAUUCAAAAUAAUGUACUAUACAAAUAAAGUUUCCUGUUACAUUUCUUCUUACUGGUGUGUUAUCCAAGGACUGGUUCAGCACAAGAAUUGGCCGAUUUUAAUCAAGAUGAUCAUUAAAGUUGAUAAGAAAAUCACCCGGCAAGGCAAUGUAGAAGAUAUAUCAUAUAAUUGUUUGAUUAAUAAGUUUCAGAUAUUCGCGGUAAUUAUUACUGUGCUUUUGGGUCCUUUUUCGCUAAUUUGCCAUGCAGUUUACUAUUAUAAUAUUCGCCCGGAAGAUCUUUUUACCUCUGAUCUGUUGUUGUAUCACACUAUUGCGCAAUCUUUGGCAAUGAAUUUCUUCUUUGACAUUAUUGUCUUGUUAAUCUAUUCGAGGUUAAGAGAGCUGAACAAUGGAAUCAAUAAAAUUGAAGAUUUGGGAUCGGGCAAUGUUGUCUUGGAAAUCCGGAGAAUCAGAGAAAUUUAUAAUGGUAUUUGCAACCUUGUAAGGUACGUAAAUAACAUCUACGGCAUCCAUUUGCUUCUCAGUACUCUGAACGCCUUCACAAUGGUCGUCGCAACAUUGUUCCGAAUAUACAUGGGCGUUGUUGAAGGAAAAAACAUGUUUAUUCUUAUUAACAACAUAAUAUGGAUUACUUACACGGUACAAGUAACAUUGAACUGCGUUAUUUGCACGUUUGUACGUGGGGAAUCUAAGAAAACUGCAAUUAUAAUCCACAAGAUCAUUCUUACACGAAUUUCAAAAUGUCUACGUUCCUGCGAAUUGUAUUCGGUGGACAUUACCAAACCCUGUGAUCCAGAAACAAACUUACAACGUGAAAUAAAUAACUUUUCAUCGCAACUUCAUCACUCUACAAUGAAUUUUAACGCCUGUGGAUUUUUCAUAAUAGACAAUAAACUUUUACGAAGCUUUAUCGGAGUGAUUACGACUUACUUAAUUAUCGUCGUACAAUUCUACGUACCAGAA